AUGGAAGAGCAGGUGUUCAAAGGGGACCCAGACACCCCUCAUUCCAUCUCCUUCUCAGGCAGCGGGUUCCUCUCCUUCUACCAGGCCGGGGCUGUGGACGCCCUGCGGGACCUGGCCCCCCGGAUGCUGGAAACGGCCCAUCGCUUCGCGGGGACAUCGGCAGGUGCCGUGAUUGCAGCCCUGGCCGUCUGCGGAAUUGAAAUGGAUGAGUACCUUAGAGUCCUCAAUGUGGGUGUGGCCGAGGUGAGGAAAUCCUUCUUGGGGCCCUUCUCCCCGUCCUGCAAGAUGGUGCAGAUUAUGAGGCAGUUUCUGUACCAGGCUCUGCCUGAGGACUCUUACAAGUUUGCCACAGGGAAGCUGCACGUAGCCCUCACCCGGCUCACGGAUGGAGAGAGUGUCGUGGUUUCGGAGUUUACGUCCAAGGAAGAGCUCAUAGAGGCAAGAGGCCUGGGAGGCGGGGCCCUGUAUUGCAGCUGCUUCGUCCCCGUGUACUGCGGCCUCAUCCCCCCGACCUACCGUGGUGAGAGGUACAUUGAUGGGGGCUUCACCAGUAUGCAGCCCUGCUCCUUCUGGACCGACUCCAUCACCAUCUCCACCUUCAGUGGACAGCAGGACAUCUGCCCCCGGGACUGCCCCGCCAUCUUCGCCGACUUCCGCCUGUUCAACUACUCCUUCCAGUUCUCCCUGGAGAACAUCACCAGGAUGAACUACGCACUGUUCCCCCCGGACCUGCAGGUCCUGCACGAGUACUAUUACCGAGGGUACGAGGAUGCGGUUUUAUACUUGAGGCGGCUGAACGCUGUUUACCUUAAUUCUCCCUCCAAGAGAGUGAUUUUCCCCUGGGUAGAAGUAUACUGCCAGAUAGAACUCGACCUUGGCAAUGAGUGCCCUGAACACAGCAAGCCACGCCUCCAAACAGAGCGAGCCAGUCUGGAAGAAUCCAUGCAACUUCACACACAGUGGGCUCCCAAAGGGGAUGGGAAGGGUAGACAUAGCCCACCCAUGUCCCCACCUGUGCAGACACCUGAGUCUACAUGUGAGUGGCCUGUGGAGUUACCAGUUUCAACACCUAUCUCUUCAAUUGAGCAGUCACCUGCAUCACCACUGGCCUCAUCACCUUCACAUUCUGCAAAUGGCUUGCCACCUGUAUCACCCGUACCACCUGUAUCACCCCCAGCUGUGCAAUUACCGCCCAGCUUAACAUCUGACUCGUCACUACCCGUUACAUCACCUGAGCUGCCACCUGUGUUACCACAGCAGCAGGUACAACCGUCUGGAUCACCAUGCAGAUCUUCGUCCUCCGAGUUAUCCACAUCACCCAGGCCAUCUCUGGAGCCUUCAGCUGUGGAAGCACUUCAAACAUCGCCCCAAUGUUCUCCUUCAGCAUCACCUGCACAGUCACCAAUAGAGGAACUGGACCCAGAACAGCCCCAGGCUGUAGCUCCCCUUGCCGCUUCAAAUCCCAAAAGAGCCACGCCUCUGGUUAAUGUGAAGGAAACCAUCUGCAAGCCUUGUGUGACGGAGAGCCCUGCUAAAGACGCAAACUGGGGCAACAAGGUGCUCAAGAAGAACAAACAAAAGACAAGUGGCACCAGAAAAGGCUUCCCAAGACAUCCACGAUCCAAAAAAUCAAGCGGCAGAAUACAGUAA